AUGACCUCAGACAGCAGACUCAUGGAUGAGCCGGACAUUGACGUGGUGGGACAGACGGACGGAAGUAAUGCAGAUUUGUCUGUGAUCAAUACUCAUGUUGUUGAGCAAAGCGCUUCAUCCCUCACCCAUGGAGCUCGUGAGGAGGAAGACUCUGCAGAGCGUCUGCAGGAUAGUCCGGGCGAGAGAUCCGUCCCGGUGAAGCCCCCAUACUCAUACAUCGCUCUCAUCACCAUGGCCAUCCUCCAGAGCCCGAAAAAGAGACUCACCCUGAGUGAGAUCUGUGAUUUUAUCAGCCAGCGCUUUGCGUAUUAUCGAGAGAGGUUCCCCGCAUGGCAGAACUCCAUCCGUCACAACUUGUCUCUGAAUGACUGCUUUAUCAAAAUGCCCCGGGAGACUGGGAACCCUGGCAAGGGGAAUUACUGGACCCUGGACCCCAUGUCGGCAGAUAUGUUUGAAAAUGGGAGUUUUCUUCGGCGAAGGAAACGCUUCAAGAGGCCACAUUUUAAUUUAGGGACAAUGAAGGACUCCAGGGUUAAGGAGAGUAGCCCCGUCUUUCCUCUCCUCGGGACGCACAGGAUGAGUCUCCAGGGGCAGGAUUUGUACCAAGAUCUGGGCUUAGGAAGUGGAUUUAGUCCCCUCACGAGAUCUAGCAUCCCACCUGUUAGCAGCGUCAUACCUGCACUCUCCUCGCUCCUCUCCAAGAAUUUUCCCUCAUGUAUAACUUUUGAACAUUUCGACCCGGGACGCUGCACUGCUAUCCCAUCUCUGGCUCCAAACUGGCUUCAACCCCCCCUGCACGGAAUGAUACCCACCUACCCUGUUUCUCAGCUUUCUAAUUUCCCCACUCGGAUCAUCAAAGUAUCGUCUAAUUCAUUUUAA